GCUUCCGCCCCGCCGGUCCUCCUUCCCGACAUGGCGCAGUCGGUUAACAUCACGGAGCUGAACCUGCCGCAGCUAGAGAUGCUCAAGAACCAGCUGGACCAGGAAGUGGAGUUCCUGUCCACGUCCAUCGCGCAGCUCAAGGUGGUGCAGACCAAGUACGUGGAAGCCAAGGACUGUCUGCACGUGCUCAACAAGAACAACGAGGGGAAAGAACUACUCGUCCCACUGACGAGCUCUAUGUAUGUCCCUGGGAAGCUACAUGAUGUGGAACAUGUGCUCAUCGAUGUGGGAACAGGCUACUAUGUAGAAAAGACAGCGGAGGAUGCCAAGGACUUUUUCAAGAGGAAGAUAGACUUUCUUACGAAGCAAAUGGAGAAAAUCCAACCAGCUCUGCAGGAGAAGCAUGCCAUGAAACAGGCUGUCAUGGAGAUGAUGAGCCAGAAGAUUCAGCAGCUCACAGCCCUGGGGGCAACUCAGGCGACGGCCAAGGCCUGAAAGCUCGGUUCAGAAACGGUUCAGAAACGGGCCAAGUGCUCCUGCGGCGGGAGCUGGGACCUUGUGGGCGUGGCUUCCCGGGGCCCAGGACGGGAGGGGCUUGCUUCGUGCUAAUAAACGUGCCCGCGGGGCCCAAUGUU